UGAAAAAAGAAAAAAAAAAAAAUAAAAUAAAAUAAAAUAAAAUAAUAAAAAACUAACGGGAAUGAUUUAAAAGUGUGAUCGAAUAAAAACAUGCGGUUGUUCGUGGAAAAUCGUUGGACAACCGAUCGGAAGGGUAUCGUCAAGGAUGAUUCGUUGCUUCGAAAUGUUGGCUUUGGCCAGAUCGAAAAAAACAACAACAGCAUUGUCGUUAAUAAAAAUAUCGUUAUUAAUAAUAACAAGAGACAAAUUGUUAUCAAAGAUAUUAUCAACAAGGACAAUAAUCGACGUAUCAUCGAGAAAAUUCAAAAGUUUGUCUUACAGGACGAAUUUAAAUUGCAAAAAAAUCGUAUCAACGACCAAAUCAAAUUAUACGGGAAAAAUAUCAACGGUGAAAUUGAUUGCGAAAAAAAUAACAUUGCGUUUAAAGCGUUCAAUUACGUUUUCUUGGAAUGUUCGUCAUUUUUCCGCUCGAGGAACUUCUUCGAUUAUAUGAAAAUCCAUUUCGGGAAUCUUACGAGUCAUUGACAUUGAACGCUAAUUAUAAUUAUCAAAGUGUUUCAUCAAGUUCCGGUAAUUAUUAUCAUCACCAUCAUCAUCAUCAUCGGGAAGAAGUAAAUCCUAUUAAUCGUAAUUCACUUCCUGUCGUCAAACUUGAAACUACGAAAGAUGAAUGUUACGAGAAUCGAACGAAGAUAAUUCAAGUUCGAGAUAAGAUAGAACGUAAAAACGAUAAUAAUAAUAAUAAUAAAAAUAAUAUUGAUAUAAUUAUUAAUAAUAAUAGUUAUAAUAAUACUAGUAAUAAUAAUAAUAAUAAUAAUAUUAAUAUUAAUAAUAAUAAAAGUAAUAAGGAUAAACAAUUACGUAAUAAAACCAAACGAAGAAGGGAUCAUAAGGUACGUGACGAUUACGAUAAAGAUAACGAUCAAGAUAAUAACAUAAUUCUUCGUGAUCAACAUUCGAGACAAGUGUCUCGAAAAAAAGGCCGAAAUAUGUUAAACAAUCGAAAUAUUAUUGGCGAUGAAGCCGCCGCUGCUGCUGCUGCAGCUAUCACUACCACAAGUAUUGCUAAUAAUCCUUUGAAGGAUCUUACUCAGCCGAAUCUCAACGAUUCACUUAAACAACACAAUGCCAACGCUCUCAAACUCGUUCAGACUGUCGCAGAAUUUGCACAAGAAUUUGGAGAAGCCAUGGAAAAUCAUUCGGCUAACAUUCGCAGAUUGGUUGAUGAUUUUCGAAGUCGUUCCGGUGAACCACGAUUAGAUUCUAGCGGAAUGCGACGUGUUUGGGAAAAUCUUUUGAGACAAGUUGAGGCCGAUGCUGUUUCUCAUCUUGAUUUUGCCGCCUUGUUGCAACAACAAUUAUCAAGGCCAACCAUAGAAGCGAGCUUUCAUAGAAAAUUUCAAUCGAGAAAGGUAUUUUCGUAUCGCGAAGGUUACGAACAAGAAAUAGCAAAAUCCGAAGAGAAAUUGCAACGUGCAAGGGCUGAUUAUAAACGUUCUUAUGCAUCUUUAUUAACCAACGAAGGUGGAAACGAGACGGAAUUGAAACGAGCUUACUUAGAAGCACACAAUGCUUAUGUUCUUCAAUUGAGAGCUACCAAUGCAAUCUGCGAAUGUUAUCAAACCAAUUGUUUGCCAGGUUUACUGGAUGAAAUAGCUGAGGUCUAUGAGGAACUUUGUGGAUUGGUUUGCAAAUGCGUUGCUGGAAUAUCGGAAGCUGCUUACGAACGUACCACCGAACAAGCGAAACGUUAUCAAAAUGUUACCAAGGAUGCUCAAACUGUUGUGCCAAUUAACGAUUUGCAGAUACUUGCACGUAAUUUGUCGGUUAAUGCAACACCACGUAAACCGGUUAAACGUUUGUUCGUUGCACUUUCACGACCGGAACAAGUACCAAUAGAAAAAGCUGCACAAAUACCACAGCUUAGAGACGAAUUGGUACCAACUGGUAUCAGUACUUUGCCAUUUAUGGAAGAACUCAAAAGGGAACAUGAAACUUUGACACAAAAAAAAGGAAGAAUUCAAGAAGCCUUAGACGCUUUGAUUCGAAUGCAACGAAAAAGUGCCGAGAGUAAUCUUUAUACAAAAGUGGCUGAACUGCAAGAAAACAUUUCCAUGAAACGUUUUGAGUUAGGUGUUGCCAAAUUGGAUCUUGCUGCUUUACAAGCUCAGAAGGAACUAUUCGGUGGGGGUGAGGCUGGUCAACCAGAUGGGAUGAGUAGCAGGAAAAUGUCAAAUGGUUCGACCGGAAGUACCAAACACAAAUGGUUGAAAGCGUUUAAAAGUUUGAAAACAAGCUCACCUACAACUUCACCACCUGCCGACAAAGGAAAACAGGCGAUGUAUCAUGCAGUAUCAACCGUAGUUGCAUUAUCCAGAAAAAAUAAUGACAUAGAGGAUGGACACGUGUGGCGAGAAUACACCUAUCGAAAGAUAACACCGUGCGAUGCAUGCGGCCAAGUAUUACGCGGUCACAGUAGGCAAGGUCUUAGAUGCAGAAAUUGCAAGGUCAACGCACACUCCGAUUGCAUCAAUCAAAUACAACCAAUUAAGUGUCCAAGUUUGGCGCCAAAAAAGAGCGGUGGCAUUCCGUUGUUGCGUCGUCAAAAAACACAAGCACCCGUUGAUGAUACACCACCAGCUGAUCACAACGUGGACACCAUAUACCAGGUGCUGAAGCAGGCAGGCGAGAUACGUGGAAAUUCGACAAACUCACCGCCUACGCCUCCUACAGCAGAUCAUCCUCCUUCCGGUGCGGCACCUUCCGGUUCAGCGAGGGCCUCCUCCCACCCUUGUUCCUCGUCCACCUCUGCACCGCAUAGCCCUCAACGUAGACGCGAGAGAUUGAAUUUGAGAAUGAAGAGUCUCAGUUUGGAUUCACCGGAAGGUACAGCACACGUACGUCAUCGUCCAAGAGAUUAUUAUACUUCUGGUCAAAGAGAAUCAACCCCACCUAGACAUUCUGACAGUGGAAGUAUCAAUAGAUUAUCUCCAUGCAGUCCAGGUCAAGGUCAUGCUAUGCAUAAACACAUAAGGAGUGCCAUAAGAACGUCUAGCGUUGAAUUACCAGACGAGAAUGACAAAUGUUAUUCUUCUGCUAGCACGUCACCUUGUCCUUCGCCACAUCCAAAUAAUCAAAAUCAUAUGAAUCCACCUGGAAAACGUGUACUUCCUCCUAAUAAUCUUUACGUUGUAUUGUACAAUUUCGAAGCACGUCAUCGCGACGAACUGGACUUAAAGCCCGGCUACAAGGUAACUGUAAUCGAUAAAUCUGAGAAAGAUUGGUGGAAGGGUAAAUGUCUUGGUGGUCGUGCAGGAUAUUUUCCCAGUGCUUACGUCAUGAGAGUUGAAUCUGGCCAAAAGACUCUUCAGGUUACACGUAACCUGCAACUUAAAGAUCAGAUUACUUUAUUGAGAGAUCAGAUCGUCAUCCAAGUUGGGGAAGAAGUUGAUGGUGUUGCUAUGGUGAGAUUUGCGGCUGACGUUAGAUCGGCCGAACAUAUCGGUAAAGAGGGUGACGUAUUGUACAACGAAACCCUCUGUCCAUUGAUGUACCUUCAAGAGGUGUGACAGCAACCUUAUCAAGGCACUCGCAU